AUGGCGCGCUUCCUCUAUCUGACAGCCCUUGCCGUUGGCUCACUAGCCCUCAACCGCCCUUGCGUACUGCCCCGCCCCUCCAUCAACGAUACUCUUCCUGGAGUCAAGGCCUCGAACGACAUGUUCGCGCCCGGCGCUGGCGGGCCCGUGCCAUGGCCGCGCGAUCGCGACAGCAAAAUGGUAGUGAUUUCAUACUGCUAUGAGACCGAGCAGGCGCGUAACAAGAUCCACGAGCGGUUCGAACAGGUUGCUAUCAAAGACUGGGCAGAUGCCCUUGGUGGCGAACCGUCCAAGACCACGGGAUAUGCGCUCAAGUACAAGGAGCGGACAAAUGCGGACGGGAAACCUGCGUAUUGCUAUCAGCACGGCGGGUCAAACGGGCAGGACUGGAAUGAGCAUCUCGAAUUAGACACCCUAGCCAUCGACUACCAGGACGAACCAUUUGCAGCUUCUGCCUCUGUCGGCUUUCUCUCAGACAAGAAGACUGCGCGCCUGAACCGGUUCGUCAUAGGCCGCAAUGCCAUUGAUCCGAACUACGUCCACGAGCUUGGACACGUGCUGGGGCAAUCUCACGAGCAUCAGCGACCGGAUCGCGACGACUACGUCAAAUUCGAGUGCGAGAAUCUCGCCGACUUCGAGGAGACCUGGGACCGGGUCAAAAACGAGCCGGACAUGACCAAGAAGCGGCUCUGCGAGGACAUGGGCACGGCAUGGGAAUACGGCUUCUCGAGCACGGCUUUCAUCAAGGGCGAGGGCAUCCGACACAUGCCCGACGGCAUCGAUUUGUCUUGGCCCAUCUACGGGGGCUCCGACUAUGAUCUCAAGUCGGUCAUGCACUUCGGUUCCACGACGGGUUCGAAGAGCGGGUGCACGGUGGAUAAGAUCGACAACUGUGCUUUGCGGAAGCUGAAGACGAAUGGGGACCCGAAUGGUGGGUAUGAGGUUAUACACGAUAAUAAUAGGCCGUCGCAGGGGGAUGUUGAGUGGGUCAAGAGUGUGUAUCCGUGGACGAAAGACUGA